AUGAAAGUUAAUGAUAGUGUUGAAAAUAAUGUAAAUAAAAACACGGUUUAUUCUGAGUAAGUUGAUGUAGAAUAAGAACAAAAAUAAGAAAAGAAGUCUUCUCUUAAAUAUAUUAUGUUAAUUUUAGCAUGCCUCUUAAUGUUUGGAAAUAAUUACUCUUUCGAUAAUCCUUAAGCUCUUUAGAGAUAAUUAACACAAGAUUUGAAUAUUAGCAUUUCCAAAUAUAAUUUAAUGUAUACAGCUUUUUCAUUUCCAAACAUUUUCUUAACUCUAAUUGGAGGAGUUAUUAUUGAUGUUUUAGGUAAAAUUAAUAUCUAAUACAUAAAGGUAUAAGAGUGGCUAUAUUGGGAUUCAGUGCAAUUGUUGUGAUUGCUUAGACUAUCAUAGCAUUUGGAGGAUUUUUUAAGAGUUUCUGGAUAAUGUUAGCAGGAAGAGUACUUUUUGGGACUGCUUCUGAAAGUCUACUUAUAGCAUAAACAGCUAUUAUUAGUAAAUGGUUUAGAGGAAAAGAAUUAUCAACAGCCAUUGGAUAUAUAAUGACAAUGCCAGAAAUAGCAUCAGCAGCUAAUUCCUUUGUAACACCUACAAUAUAUGAUCAUUUUAAUGGCUUGACUUAUCCAUUAUUCUUUAGUGUAUUUUUAUGCUUUUUAUCAUUUAUUUGUGGAGUAGUUUUGUGUAUUUUAGAUAAAAACAAUGAUAAGAAAUAGAAAGGUAAACAAAUAAUUUAAACCAAAAGAAUUAUAAUUCGUAUAUAAGGAUAAUACAAGUGAAAAGAGUGAAUAAGUUGAAAAAGUAUCCUUUAAAGAUAUCAAAAGUUUAAAUGGAACAUUUUGGAUUCUAAUAUUAAUAUGCACACUAUCAAUGGGAUCAUAUGUACCAUUUUUAGAUGAUGCUAAUGAUUUUUUAUAAGAAAAAUUUGAAUUCAGUUAUGUUUAAUCUGGAAGAAUCCUAACUUUAACUUAUUUAGCUGCUGGUAUUAAUGUAAUAUAUAUAGCUAUAACUAGUCCAUUUUUAGGUCCAUAUGUGGAUAAAGUGGGUAAGAGACGAUUCUUCAUAUUAAUUACUUGUCUCUUUUUUUCAGUAACUCAUUUCCUUUUUGGUUUUAUGAAGUAAGGUUAUCAUGAUUAACCUAAUUGGUUUUCUAUUAUUCCAUUAAUAAUGUUGGGAAUGUCAUAUUCUUUAUAUUGUUGUGUUUUAAUACCAUCAGUUUAAUAUGUAGUUUAAUAAAGAGUUAUAGGAACUGCAUUUGGAAUUUUGGGAAUGUUUACUAGUACUUCUAUGGCCUUAUUCCCAAUUUUAGCUGGGUAUAUUGUAGAGGGAGCUACUACUAAAGAAGAAGGAUAUUCAACUGUGGGAUUCUUCUAUAGUGGUGUUUCAGUAUUUGGUAUUAUCUUUACAAUUUCGCUAUAUUUUUUUGAUAAAUAAAGUUCAAUUAUAUUAGAUUUUGUAAAUCCUGAAAAUCCAACUAAAAAAGAAUAAGAGAUAUUAAAAAAUAUUAAAUAAGAAAAUAAUGAGUAAUUAGGAGUUUUUGAAGAUAUUGAUGAUGAUUUAUUGAAAAUUGAAGGAGAGGAGAAUGAUGAUGAUGAAAAUAUAAAAAAUGAUGGAUUUUGGGAGAAAAAUUAAAGAUAUUUAGUAUCAAGUAAAGGAUUUUCAACUCCAAAGUUAGCAGCUAAUAGAGCAGUUCAUGAAAGAUCAGGAUCAUUGUAUUAUUGA